UUCUUCUAUGAAUUGUCUUCUCAUGCAACAAAUGGAACUCACCACUUUCACAACUCAACACCCAUCUCUCUCUUUCUUUCUGCUUCUCUCUCUAGUUAUAUAGUUAAGCAGCUCAGGAAUGGGGGUUUUGGUUGUGAAAUUGAUCUUAAUAUACUUGCUUUUCAGUGCAGUGUUCGUUUGCUGUUGGAGCUCCCUGCAAUCGGGACUCGGAGGGAAUGCGACGGAUAGGCUGGCGCUGCUUGCCAUCAAAGCUCAAAUAAAGCAAGAUCUCCAUAAUUACAAUGUGAUGAGCUCCUGGAACGAAUCCAUGCACUUUUGCAUGUGGCAUGGUGUGACGUGCAGUCGACGACAUCGCCAAAGGGUCACUACCCUGGACCUUCAAUCUCAAAAUCUGGUAGGGAAACUAUCCCCAAACAUUGGAAAUCUAAGUUUUCUAAGGGAGCUGUGGCUGCUAAACAACAGCUUCAGUGGGGAAAUUCCUCCACAAAUUGGGAAUUUGCGUAGAUUGCAAGUAUUGCGAUUAGGCGGUAACUCGUUUAGUGGCAGUAUUCCACGCAAUAUAUCAUAUUGCUUCAACCUUAUCCAUGUGGCUUUCACUCGCAACAUGUUGGUGGGUAAAAUUCCUUCAGAAAUUGGAUUGCUGUCGAAGCUGCAACAUUUUUCAUUAAAUUAUAAUAAUCUAACGGGACAGGUCCCUCCUUCCUUAGGGAACCUUUCGUCUCUCCAGAGACUAACUCUUUUUGGUAACAACUUGAUGGGAAACAUCCCCAGUUCUCUUGGCCAAUUGAAAAAAUUAACCUUCUUGGGAUUGGGCAUAAAUCAGUUGUCUGGUAGCAUUCCUUCCUCCAUUUAUAACCUCUCUUCUCUUGUUAUAUUUUCCAUACUAAUUAACCAAAUUGAAGGGAGCAUUCCAUCAGAUAUUGGCAAAAGUCUUCCUAAUCUCGAAAUCUUCAACUUCAACUCAAACCAACUCACUGGGUCCAUACCUCCCUCAAUAUUCAAUGUCACAAGUGUUUGGUUAUUGGCUGUUGGGAAUAACAACCUAAUCGGACGGGUACCGAAUCUCCAAAAGCUUCACAACCUCCUGCAUGUCAACAUUCAACAUAAUAAUAUUGGAAGCGGUAAAGAAGGUGACUUAAGUUUUCUCUCGGACUUGACCAAUGCCACCCAGUUACAAUCGUUGUGCAUUGACGAUAACAAUUUUGGAGGGACAUUGCCCAUGUCAAUAUCCAAUCUCUCAACCAAACUUGAAUUGUUUUGGGGUGGCAAUAACCAAAUAUAUGGAAGUAUCCCAUCUGGGAUAGGGAAUCUGGUGAGCUUGGAAGGGUUGUAUUUGGGGAAUAAUAGCUUCACAGGUAACAUCCCCUCUGACAUGGGUAAGCUUUCAAACCUUGGAAGAUUAGAAAUUUUCAUGAACAAAUUAUCAGGAAAUAUUCCGUCUUCCUUAAUAAAUUUAACCAAGUUAUACCAUCUUAGGUUGGAUAGAAAUCAUCUUGAGGGCAGCAUUCCUUCACGUCUGGGGGAAUGCCAUGGGUUGCAAUUGUUGAAUCUUUCUUAUAACCUUCUUAAUGGCACAAUACCCAAACAAGUUUUUAGACUCUCCUCCUUAUCAAUUUAUUUGGACUUGUCUAAUAACCUCUUCACAGGUUCCCUUCCCUCGGAGGUUGGGAAUUUACAAAGUCUAAGUGAAUUGGACGUUUCUGAUAACAUGUUAUCUGGAGAACUCCCCAGUAGCCUUGGUGGUUGUGAGAGUUUAGAAGUCCUGCAUUUGCAAGGAAACUUCUUCAAUGGAUCCAUUCCUUUGUCUAUGAGUUCAGUGAGAGGGAUUCAAGAUCUAGACCUUUCUCGCAAUAAUUUUUUAGAUGAAAUUCCGCAUUUUUUAGAAGGCUUUAGACUCCUGAAUAAUCUGAACUUAUCCUUCAAUCAAUUUUGGGGAGUGGUACCAACUGGAGGUGUUUUCAAAAAUGCGAGUGCUAUUUCAGUUGUUGGCAACGCUAAUCUGUGCAGCCUUGUUGCUAAUUUAAAGCUUCCCAAGUGCAAAUCUAAAGAGACCAAGAAACGAAGAUUGUCUCGUCACUUGAAACUAAUACUCCCUUUAGUAUUUGGACUUACUCUUCUAGGAAUAGCCAUUGUGUUCUCCUAUUUCUUUCUUUGUUCGUCAAGGAAGAAAAGGAAAGAAAUUUCAUUGAGCACUUUGGGGAACACUAUUUUGCAAGUGUCAUAUGCUACUCUACUCAAAGCUACUGACGGGUUCUCAGUGGCUAAUUUAAUUGGUGCUGGUAGUUUUGGGUCUGUGUACAAAGGAGUUCUUGAUGAGGAUGAUAAAGCUCAACUUGUUGCCGUGAAGGUGUUUAACUUGUUACGCCAUGGAGCUUCGAGGAGUUUCAUAGCCGAAUGUGAAGCUUUGAGAAAUAUUAGGCACCGAAAUCUCGUCAAGAUUAUAACCGUGUGUUCAAGUGUUGAUUUUCAUGGUAAUGAUUUCAAGGCUCUAGUUUAUGAGUACAUGGACAAUGGGAGCUUAGAGGAGUGGCUGCAUCCACCUAAUGGAACUGAAGAGUUAAGAGAUCAUGUACCCAAGAAGGUAAGUCUUCUACAGAGGCUAGAAAUUGCCAUUGGUGUUGCUUGUGCACUGGAUUAUCUUCAUAAUCAUUGUGAAACGCCUAUAGUUCAUUGUGAUCUCAAGCCAAGCAACGUUCUCUUGGACAACGAAUUGACUGGCCAUGUUUCUGACUUUGGAUUAGCAAGGUUUCUCUCACAAGUAAUGAGUAAUGUUUCAGCAAUUCAGAGUCAGACAAGUUCCGUUGGAAUAAGAGGAACGGUUGGUUAUGCAGCUCCAGAGUAUGGCAUUGGGAGUGAGGUGUCAACGAGUGGUGAUGUCUACAGCUUUGGCAUUCUCUUGUUGGAGAUGUUUACAGGGAAGAGACCCACUGACAACAUGUUUGGUGAUAGUUUGAACCUUCAUAAUUUUGUCAAGAUGUCUCUCCCCGGGCGAGUUACUGAGAUUGCAGACGCACCACUUCUUCAAGGAGGCACGAACGAGAAUCCCAAUCAACGCCGUGCGAGAAUUCAUAAAGUUGGGGUGUGCUUGAGUUCAAUAUUUACAAUUGGAAUUGCUUGUUCAGCUGAAGCCGCAACAGAUCGACCAAAGAAUAUCAAUGAUGCUGCAUGUGAACUUCAUUCCAUUAGGAAUAUUUUUCUUGGAUAGAAACUCUUUUUUAUGUGCUUUUGUGAUAGAGAAAUUUCGUGUACUACCUGUGAAGUCCAGCUUUUUUGUUACAACAAUAGGUGUGGAAGUUUGCAAUGUAAAUAAUGACCAAUGUGGUUCAUUGUGUGAAGAGUGUAUUACUACUUCUUGUACUUGGUAUUUAUGUGUAACAUUGAAGGGUGUAUUGCUACUUCUUGUACUUGGUAUUUAUGUGUAACAUUCAUAUAGAUUAAAGUCUA